GAGUUGAAAUAGAAUCAGUACAGGUUGAGAUGCAGUUACAGGUGAUACUAGUUCUAAUAAUCUCAGUGGAAUUUUGCAUCUCCACCUGGAAUAUCAAUAAUAAUGGUAGAAGAAUUAGUACAAAUUUUAAUCAAAAACCAAAAACCAGACAAAUUUCAACGGAAGAAUCAAAUAUUGAUCGUAAUGUGAGAGAAGAUUCUAAUUUAAAAAUACCUCAACUAAUAGCCAAGUAUGGAUAUCCUGUUGAAAUACAUCAUGUAACAACAAAAGAUGGAUUUAUUUUGGAAUUACAUCGAAUUCCAUUGCCAAGGGCUGUGCCGGUGUUAUUAAUUCAUGGACUUUUUGAUUCAUCUAGUACAUUUGUUAUAAUGGGACCUGACAAAGGACUUGCCUAUUUUCUAUAUGACAUGGGUUAUGAUGUAUGGAUGGUUAAUUGCCGAGGAAACAUUUACUCAAAAAAACACAUCACACUUAAUCCAAGUAAUCCUGAGUUCUGGAAUUAUACUUUUCAUGAAAUCGGAAUUUAUGAUCUUCCGGCGUCGAUUGAUUACAUUUUACCUACAACAAACUUUAAAAGAUUGCAUCUCAUUGGACAUUCUCAAGGAGGAUCAGCGUUUUUAAUUAUGUGUAGCAUACUACCGGAAUACAAUAGAAAAAUUAUAUCAAUGUCAGGACUCGCUCCAGCAGCAUUUAUUGGUGAAAACAAAAGUCCGAUUGUAGACAUUUUGUCAUACUUUCAAGAACCAAUUACAAAUUUUUAUAAAUCAAUUGGACGACAUGAAUUUCUGACAAAUUUGGAUUUUGUUAAACGUUUUGGCGCUAAUAUAUGCAAGGAAGGAAGAACUACUCAAGCUUUAUGCACUAAUGGUAUAUUUUUAUUAACUGGAUUCGAUGAGAACCAAAUUAAUAAAACAAUGCUUCCAGUUAUACUAUCACAUACUCCAUCUGGAGGAUCACUAAAAAAUGUUUUGCAUUUCGGUCAACUUAGAAAAUCUGGACGAUUUAGACAGUAUGAUUAUGGAAAGAUGGGAAAUAUACAAAAAUAUGGCAGAAAAACUCCACCAGAUUAUGACCUAUCAAAAGUCACUGGCAAAGUGGCAAUAUAUUAUGCUAAAAAUGAUUAUUUGACAGUACCUAGAGAUAUGGAAAAACUUAUACAGGGUCUACCAAAUGUUGUUGAGAAAUAUUUAGUUGAAUAUCCACAAUUUAAUCAUAUUGACUUUGUGUGGGGUGUUAAUGCUCGCGAAUUGGUUUAUUAUGAACUUUUAAGGGUGAUGAAAUUGAUACAGAUUGGACAGCUCUAAGUAAAAAAAUUAAUAUAUAUACAUAUAUAUAGGUAAAGUAUAAGGAAGGUACAUAUUUACUAAAACUGACUGAUAAAUAAUGGAAUUCACGGAAGAAAAGCAGACACAACAGCUAUUUGUUUGUCCUACUUCUAAGAAGUCGUGAGCAUGAUGACGAUGACGGGGACGAACAAGCACGAAGCAACCAGCAGCUCGUUUUGCAAACAAAUCCUGUGCCAAUGAGAAAAACACAAAGACAUGAACCCAAUAUUGAUAUCUGGAAUAGUAAUCUGGGAAAUGGUGUUGCAUAUUAGCUCCUAUCAAUUGUUAAAUAAA